AAUUUAUUUUGUUUCCUGUAGUUUUUAAUAUUCCUUGAGUCCGUACAAGUCAUUUCAUGGCUGUUUUCCUGUUAGUAUUGUAAAGCUUCAUUAUGCACAGUCCAAACAGUAAACUUAAAUACACUUACAUUCAUGAACACUGGUUUCUACCCACAUUUACUCGAUUAAAAAGAAUCUGAAAUACUGGUCUUAAACUGCAUGGUCAAUAGAGCUUCAGUUUGCUAUCAUGAAGUACUGCAGAAUUAACUCUGCAGUCAGUGCAUUAUGGUAGAUGAGGCAGUCUUUUAUCCUUCAGCAUUAGAGAAUUGAAGUCGUUACGAAAACAGUUCUGUCUCUUUUAAGUUGUUACAACCUAUGGUUAAGUAGUGGUAAUGCAGACAGUAAUGGAUUAUGGGGAGAAAAUAUAUCUGACACUGUACUUCUGGGUCUACAAUUUUCUAUGGGGCAUUUUCAGUCUUCCUGCUAGGUUGUAAGAGUUGGUGUGUGUUGAGGUAUUGUCCCUGCACCUAGAUAAUGGGAAAAGUUAAUUUUCUACCUGGAAUUGCAGUUGUUAAAUGGAAGAGCAUAAGAUAGGAUGAAGUAAGACUACCUUAUUUAUUUUAAAGUGUAUUUAUAGUGAUGUGGUGUUGUACUAUGAAGUGCAUUUUUUCCCUGUAAGACAGUCUUAAGACAGACAGUAUUUUUUUUUCCCCCUAAGAAAGUUUCUGGGGAAAAAAAUAAUUAAAAGGACAAAGUCUGUUUCUUCUGUGUGUUUCUCUAUUCUAUGAAUCAAACAUACUACUUUUAGUAAUGAACACAGAAAUGUGUGUAUAAGAUACUGUGAUGGGAAUUCAGUUCUCAUGAGCUUUUUUUUUUAAAUACUUCAUAAUACAAUGAAAAUUAGAUUAUUCUGACUAGUAAAACAAUUCAUAAAAGUAAGAUUCUUUUUCCUACUGUCUUGAAAAUAUUACUGUGCAGUUAAAUUUUUCAGUUGAAGUCUAUGGCUGCGUAAUUAUACCAAAAUGUAGACCUUACGUAUAGUGAUAAGGUCUACAAUAUACUUAAUAUGUGAUGUCAGUUGCACUUCUUAAAAAUUACAUCUGUUUAUGCUGAAUUGUCUGCCCUUACUGUGCACCGGUAUUGUAAACACUAACAUUAAAAUUACUUAAAUUACUUGUCCAGAGAGAUUGCUUUUAUGCCUUAGUUACUUUUUUUCUUCUACACAGGUCAAAUAGGGAAGAAUGUGGUGAUAUUCAUGCAAACCUUGCUCAUAAAUCAUCCACAGCUCUCUUGGAUGUAAGAAUGAACUGUUAUUCACACCAGACUGGUACACAACUGUAUCAUAAGAUCAUCCUUCUCCUUUAUACAGUCUGAGAAUGACACAAUGUUUAAAUAUCUAUGGGAAUUUGAAUUAAUGCUUUAUGAACGGCUGAAGCUUUUAUUUCUCAAGUUGUUGUAAGCAAAACCACUGUAUUUAACAAGAUUAAAUGGUAAGGAAAGAGAAAAAGGAGAAUGUAGUAAUGUUUGUGUCUGCCACAUCUUUCACAUUUGAAGUGAUCAUGAAGUUAUUGGUGAAUUCCAAGAGCUGUGUGAAAUAUCCCAUCCAUUUUGACAGCAGUCAUAGAAAUAGCUUUUUGUGGAGGUAGAAAACUUGAUGUUAUUAUUCUUUAUUGCUUUUUAGUGCUUUAAAUUUUCCCUGGCCCAAGUGGGGAUUUUUGUGUGAAGAUUAGUUAGCAUAGUUCAGUUAGGUAGGAAUUAUGAACAGAAAUUUUGAAAAUAAAGAAAAAAAUACUAGACUGCGUAGCUGAACUUAGAGGUUUUAGUUGCCAUUUACAAAACUUGUUUUCAUUAGUUCCAUUCUGCUGCCCUAAUGGGAAGUACAAACUUUUGCCUUUCUCAAUAAAAGUACUUAAAGUUUGCAGUCUUUCUGAAAGCUUUUGCUAUAAACUCCAGCGUUUUAACAUCAAAGGACCAGGUCAUGUUAAGACUGGGAAUGUAUCUGAGCACAGGUAUGAACGUUCAUGUGUGCUGCACAGGUCCCUUUCUGGUAGCCAGCAGGUGGGUUGAUGUUGGCUGGCAGCCUAGCUCGCGCCUAGCUACUUGUUCACUCCGCGGUAGCAGGUGGGACGAGAGACUUGGAAGGACAGAAAUGGAGAAAGAUUUGUGAGUGGAGAUCAUGACAGUUUAAUAAGGAAAAUAGGAGUGUGGAUGGUGAAUGUGCUGCAGAAGCAAUCAGUUGCCACGUCCUGCUAGCAGCCCGGUACCUGAGUCACGCUCUGAGCAAUGGCUGCUUGGAAGAAACUUCCCCUCAUGGUUCUAUCCCUGACAACAGUGUCAUAGGGUAAAGAAUGUCCCUUCCGGGUAAACUAGGGUCAGCUGUCCCCUUUCCCAGCAUCUUUGCCUAAUCCUGUAGAGUGAGGAGCAGAGAAAUCUUCAGUGCUGCAAUCGCUGCUUGGCAAUAGCAAAAUCACUGGUGUCAACACAGUGUUGGUCACAAACCCAAAACACAGCGAUGUGCAGGCUGCUAUUAAAAAGUUAAUUUCAUCCCUGUCAGACACCUGUGAGUGGAUUCAGUCAUCUCUUCUCUAGGGCUGUGUUGUAUUUGGAGGGAAAGGUAAAAGAAGGGAAAGAUUAUUAAACGUUGAUUUGAGCUCCCAGGUAGUUACUGCAAAAAUUGAGUGAACAUCAGUGUGUGUGUAUAUAGAAAUAGAUAUCUGCGCUUACUUGAGGAGCCUUUAAAGUUUUUUUUUAAAAGGCAAUAUCAAGCCUCAUAAUAACUGAGAAUAUAAGGUUGCAUUACCUCUAAAAGCCUGAUAAAUUGGCAAAUCUGUUUGUCUUUCCAUUGUUUGGCCUGAUCUUAAGCUAUUUUCUUUCUUUUUCGUUUGAUUGGGUUUACCAGUGUCCAUGUUUCAGUUUGUUCUGCAAAAGUUAUUUUAGCACUCCUUCAGAGCUCUUACUUAUGAAAAAUGUCAUAUACCGUGGCAAGAUUAUCUACAUGAAGCUUUUCAAAUCACCAUGGUCCUGUAGGCUAGUCACUUCACCCGUAAGAAAUUGGAUUGGAGGAUAUCCAAGCUAUAAAUGCCCAAACUCCCCCCGAACAUGCCAGCUGUGUGCUUUGCCAGCAUUUGUGCUCAUCUCCUCUUCCAGUGUUGCUGCCUUAGCACUUCUGUUCCUUCAGCAGAGGAAAGAAGUCAUGCCUCUGCCUACCCUAUCUAUUGAUCCUUUAGGAAGAAGGGAACAGAAAUGCUACAGAAGCAGCGCUGAGUGUAGAAACUGUCUUAUUUCCAGUGUUUUUAGAUGCCUGCUUCCUACUUUGUCGGAGACUCAGGAACAGAAAUGCCAAGUACCUAUGCUUUCAGAAAAUGCAUAAUUGAUUUGAAAACACCAGAUGAUCAAUUUUGGUGCUGUGAUUGCCUGGGCAAUUGGUUUUUAGAAGUUGGAGUUUCUGAAAUGAAAUGGGAAUUUCUGUGAUGCUGAAAGCCACUCUCAAUUCUUGGAAUAGUCUGGUCUUCUCUGCCAUUGUUUGCAGUUUACUGUUUUGGUUAUUUUUAGUGCCUACAAAUGCAUUUCUACAACUGCUCUCAGCAGAGGUUCUAUGUUUGUGUGCUCCUUAAGGUUUCUGCAAAUGAUUUCGUUAUCGUUUCCUCAAUUCUGCUAUCCAUUUUUCUCUGUGGUUUUCUUUGUACAUCUGUCUGCAGUAGUUUAAGGAGUCAGCUUAUGUAUUUUAAAAGUUGAGCAAUUUCUGUGAUCAUUUCCUUGGUAAAUUAGGCAACGCUACACUGAAAGGGAUAUUCACCAUGAAUACUUGGGGUGCUAUCACAAUGCUUGGUGUGAGGAUUAUCUCUUCAGAGAAAAGACAUUACUGUAAAACUUUACAACUUGAACUAUGCUACCCAGCUUUAAAGCAAAUGCAGUGGCAUCCUGAUUUUGUAAAUAAGCUACAGCAAUAUUCUGUAAGUUUUGAUUUAGAAGAAAAAAGCACAAAACAGUUCUACGUUCAUCAGUCUGAUUUCAAGCUCAAUGAAAGGCAAAUCAGAGAAUGAGGGAUGUUAAAGUCUCUAGCUUUGUUUAAGUUGCAUUCUCUGUUCACAGAGGUGGCAGAAUACGUGCGUUGUGACUGAUGUGUCUUUUCCAAACAGGUGAUGUGAUAGAAAGGACUUUGCUUCUUUCAGUUACUUUGUGUUUCACAGCAGGCCAAAGAGAUUUUGCACAAAGUCUGAGGGAAACCUGUGCUUUAAAACUCAGCAAGUUAGUGACUCCCUCUGCCUCUAGAAAACAAAUUACAGCUCUGAAUUUUGUGAAUCCCGAGCUCCCCCUUGCUUAUGUCACCCAUAGGAAAAAACUGUGCUUUGCUGCCUGUAUUUCUUAGCUUGGAAAAAAGAAAAACAACAUUCGCACUCUGUGAUUAAGUUAGAGUUCAGCUAAAGUUACAGUUUCACUCUGUGCGGAAUUGAAACUCUCAUGCUCUUGGCUGAGUGACGGGCAGUUCCUAACAUGAGAAAAAUGAAAUCAGUCUCGGUCUGAAAGAGACACCGAUGUGACGGUACAGCUAUCAAAGUUAUCAAAGUUUGAAGUUGCAGAUUGCUGGAGAGGUUUCCAAAGGCCCUGAGUAGCCAUAGACAGUCGUUGGGUUAGGUGGCUGCACACUGUGCCUUAGAAAACUGACAUGUAACUCAUGUUAGUGGGCAUUAAGCACUUCAUGCUUAAAGUCUGUUCCAGUGUAAUGCUCCAGAUCCAGAGACGUGUCAAGGUUCUUGAAAAAAUCAACGGUUGCAGUCCAGCCUAUGCCCUGCCAUUCUCCUAUUUAAAUGAUGACACAAUUAAUUAAGCACAUUUGCUUUACAACAAGGUGAAUAACUGCAGUUAAAGCUCGCUUUCUGCUCUGGUUUUCUGGUUUGUUUUGGUUCCCUAUCCACAAGUCUCAUUCACUUAAUAGACAUUCUUACACUAAGAAUUAAUCUUAAGAGACUUAGCUGCUUACAGGUCUCGGUUAAAGGCCAGUUCUUAAAGCUGUUAGCAGCUGAAAUGAACCUCCAAUAAUAAUAAAAAAAAAUGAUUGAACUUCCAAAUCUAAAAUAUUGUUUAUGUCAAGCUCACUUUGUCUCUUUGUGGUCAUAGAACUUGCAAUUAAAAAAGAAGGAACUCAAGCUACUGCAAAUCUGUAUUGCCUGAAGUGAAUGCUGCCCUUGCGUAACACAUCCCUCCUGUCUGAUUAACCUCACUUUCUCAUUCCAAAUACUUGGCAAUUGCACUCCUUUGGGAUUCCCUGUGGCAUCUUGGAUUCUUUAUAGAUCCUUGAGGUCUAACACCGUGGACAGGUAAACAGUGGAGUUUAAAAUGAAAAGCAUGCUCAGAAGUGGCAGAGAACAGAGAAAGUUUCAGCAUGAGAUGAAAAAUAACAACAAAAAAACCCUGUUGUUGCAACAGCACAUGGGUUUAUGAGCAACAUGGGAAUCUGCUUAAAACGGAAAAAAUAUGAGUAUUCAGUUAUUUUUAUGAGGAGUGGAGGAGUAACGGAGGUAGUGCUGUUUUAAUUUUAAAGCCAGAUAUUUGAGGAAGUGGAUUGCAGCAGUUGUUUCAUGUUUAAUUAUUUCUCAAGCGGCAGUUCAGCUGAAGAGAAGAACGAUAAAGCACUGGUUGCUGCUGUUGUCUUGAGUGAGUUAUGCCACUCCUCUCUACGGGAUCUGAACCAGUGAAGACCUCCUUUAUGCUGUUUUUUCCUGCUCUGAUUUACAGUUUCUUCUCAUGACAAAUCUUUCAGAGGUGGCAGCACACAGAAAAUGGUACGUCAUGCAAAGAUGUCAAAUGCACUGCUGAUUGUCUUGCUCUUCUUAUUUCCAAUGCUGCUAUUGGGAUAUUGGUUUCCCAAAACUUUACCCUGUGAUGUGGAAGCCUUUGAAGGUACUGUGAGAGUAGACUGCAGUGAUCGUCACCUCACGGAAGUCCCCAGAGGGAUCCCUGGAAACGCUACUAACUUGACCCUGACUAUUAACCAUAUCCCCCAUAUCUCUCCAGCAUCCUUUAUUCAGCUUGAAAACCUUGUGGAGAUUGACUUCAGAUGCAAUUGCGUGCCUGUCAGACUGGGGCCCAAAGAUAGCGUGUGCACCACACCACCAUCAAUUGAGAAUGGCAGUUUUGCUGCUCUGACAAGACUGAAGUCAUUGUAUUUGGAUGCAAACCAACUGUCAGAAAUACCCCAGGAUCUUCCUGCUACUUUACGACUGCUGAGUCUGGAAGCAAACAGAAUUUUUUCUAUUAAAAAAAACACUUUUUCAGGGCUAAGAAAUAUAGAAUUACUGUAUCUGGGACAGAAUUGUUACUACCGUAAUCCGUGCAAUGUUUCUUUUGGAAUUGAAAAAACAGCCUUUCUGAAUCUGAAAAAUUUGACAGUACUAUCCCUGAAGUCUAAUAACUUAACUUUUAUUCCACCCAAUUUGUCUUCAACUUUAAAGGAAUUGUAUAUUUACAAUAACAGAAUUCAAGAAGUUCAGGAACAUGAUUUAAGUACCCUUCACAACCUAGAAAUUCUUGAUCUCAGUGGCAAUUGCCCACGUUGCUAUAACGCUCCGUAUCCUUGUACUCCCUGUCCUAAUAUCUCAAUUAAGAUUCAUUCAAAGGCUUUUUAUUCCUUGAAAAAAUUAAGAAUUUUGAGACUUCACAGUAACUCUCUUCGGAGUAUACCAAGCAGCUGGUUUAAAAACAUCAAGAAUCUCAAAAACCUUGACCUCUCCCAAAACUUCCUCAUAAAGGAGAUUGGAGAUGCUCAGUUUUUGAAGCUUAUCCCCAGUCUUGUAGAGCUGGAUCUGUCCUUUAAUUUUGAAUUGCAGAUGUAUUCUCCAUCCUUGAAUCUGUCUAAGACGUUUUCCUCCCUCUCUAACCUGGAAACCCUAAGAAUCAAGGGUUAUGUCUUUAAAGAACUGAGAGAAGGAAAUCUAGAUCCAUUACUCAGUCUUAGAAAUCUGACAGUGUUGGAUCUUGGGACUAAUUUUAUUAAAAUUGCUGACCUAAGAGUGUUCAAGAAAUUCCAAGCUCUCAAAAUCAUAGAUCUCUCACUGAAUAAAAUUUCUCCUUCUUCAGGUGAAAGUAACUUUUAUGGAUUUUGCUCUGAUCCCAGGAUUACAGUAGAGCAAUAUAGCAGGCAGGUUUCACAAGAGAUGCAUUACUUUAGGUAUGAUGAGUAUGGUCGAAGUUGCAAGUCCAAAGACAAAGAGGCUGAUUCCUACCAACCUUCAGUCAAUGGAGAUUGCAUGAGUUAUGGAAAAACUCUAGAUUUAAGCAGAAACAAUAUAUUUUUUGUUAACUCUGUAGACUUCCAGGAUCUUAGUUUCCUCAAGUGCCUCAACUUGUCAGGUAAUGCCAUAAGUCAAACUUUAAAUGGAAGCGAAUUCUACUACCUGUCUGGAUUGAAAUAUCUGGAUUUUUCUAACAACAGGAUUGAUUUGCUAUACUCAACUGCUUUCAAAGAGCUGAAAUUUUUAGAAAUUCUAGAUCUGAGCAAUAACAAACAUUACUUUCUGGCAGAAGGUGUUAGUCAUGUGCUUAGUUUUAUGAAAAACUUGGCCUAUCUGAAGAAGCUGAUGAUGAACGAGAAUGAGAUUUCUACCUCUAUUAGCAUGGGGAUGGAAAGUCAAUCUCUUCAAACUUUAGAAUUUAGAGGAAAUCGUUUAGAUAUUUUUUGGGCAGAUGGGAAGACUGAGUAUCUGUCAUUCUUCAAGAAUCUGACCAAACUGGAACAACUGGAUAUUUCCUCUAACAUGCUCAGCUUUUUACCUCCUGAUGUUUUUUCAGCUAUGCCUCCAGAACUGAAGAUACUGAACUUAACCAGUAACCAGUUGAAGACAUUCAACUGGGGAAAACUCCACUUGUUGACCAAGCUAAAAACUCUGGACCUCAGCAAUAAUCUUCUGACUACUGUUCCCCGAAAGCUGUCCAAUUGCACUUCAACUCUCCAAGAACUGAUACUCCGAAACAAUCGUAUUAUACGGAUAACCAAAUAUUUUCUCAGAGGUGCCAUUAAGUUGUCAUACUUGGACCUCAGUUCAAACAAGAUCCAAAUAAUUAAGAAAUCUAGCUUCCCUGAAAAUAUCAUAAACAACCUGAGGAUGCUGUUUUUGCACAACAAUCCUUUCAAGUGCAAUUGUGAUGCAGUGUGGUUUGUUGGGUGGAUCAAUCAGACUCAUGUGACAAUUCCUCUUCUGGCCACAGAUGUGACCUGUGCUGGUCCAGGGGCACACAAAGGAAGGAGCUUGGUUUUCCUGGAUCUGAAUACCUGUGAGCUGGACACAUCCUAUUUGAUCAUGUAUGCUUUAUCAACUUCAGCUGUCCUAAGUUUAAUAACGUUUGCAGUUAUGAGUCACUUCUAUUUCUGGGAUGUGUGGUAUAGCUAUCAUUACUGUACUGCCAAGUUGAAAGGCUAUAGGCGUUUACCUUUACCAGAUGCCUGCUAUGAUGCUUUUAUUGCCUAUGACAAUACUGAUCUGGCUGUGAAUGAAUGGGUGAUGACAGAAUUGGUUGAAAAGCUGGAAGAUCAAAAAGCCAAACAGUUCAAUUUAUGCUUGGAAGAAAGAGACUGGCUUCCAGGACAGCCAGUCUUUGACAACCUUUCCCAGAGUAUUCAACUGAGCAAAAAGACCAUAUUUGUGCUGACCAACAAGUAUAUUAAAAGUGGCACUUUCAAGACAACAUUUUACAUGGCCCAUCAACGACUUCUUGAUGAAAAAAUUGAUGUGAUUAUCUUGAUAUUUCUUGAGAGAGUAUUACAGAAGUCCCGAUAUGUUCGGCUGAGGAAGAGGCUGUGCAGAAGUUCUGUUCUGGAAUGGCCAACUAACCCUCGAUCUCAGCCCUACUUCUGGCAGUGUCUGAAAAAUGCCAUAGCUAUGAACAAUACCCUGGCUUACAACAAACUUCUCCAGGAAACUGUUUAGCUUUACUGCUCCUUGUAAAAUACUGUUAACUAUGUGUGGCGAGGAAAAGAUACUGAAGUUGCUAUGGAGAAAGUGUGAAAGUGGAGAGGAUACAUAUAAUUGUGAUAUGAUACCCAAAAAUGAAAUGCACAGUCUGUUCCAAAGAUAAUGAUUCAAUUGUUUUGCUAUGACAACAUUAAAUAUAAACUGUUGCCAGCACAGAUGUUUAGCUGAUGCACACCUCAUUCAGCAUUUGCAGCAAGAGAAGAUGCAACAGAGUCACCACUCACAGUUUCUAUUCACUGGAGAACAUCUGACAUCACCUGGCUGGGUCAAGUGUGAAUGAAACAACUGAUCAGCUCAAUCUAGUUCCCAAGCUGCCAGGAGGAGUUCAGUCAUGCUUGAGGUUGCUGCUCUUUGGAUCCCUGUUGGAGUAAAUGUUAUUUUAAUAGAAAAAUAUUGUUAAUGCAUUUGUGUGUAUUUAUGAAAACAGGAAAAAACACAAAAUGUUAAUUUCAGAAAAUACUUUAGGUGAAUUUCAUGUUUAGGUGUUGGGGAAGUGUAUGCAUGAUUAACUUUGCAACUCAGGCUUCCAUCUGCUGAGCCUACCAGUUCUUGAGGAGGCAACACCCCUAGCCACUGGGGAGAUGAUAUGCUGGUAGGACUUAUGGCAGAAGCUUGGAUGUGGUAUGGGAGAUCUCCCAUCUCCCACUGCUGCAUUGUCACAAAGGUUGUAAAUCGGAAAAGAUUUUUAAGAACUUAAGAACUUGCAUGUACCAAAAUGGGAAAGUGUGAGAGAAGAGAAACAAGUCAGAAGAACUUGCAAACUGUGAAUCAGGAGGAACUACAAGGUAAAGGGAGUCUUUGCAUGGAGCUGUCACAUGGGAGUGAAAAAGGACGCAGGACAGCAAGCAGAUAGGCUGGGAGGGAAGCA